AUUUCGAUAGCAGCAUGAUUGUAAGAUUAAUAUUGACAAUCUAUAAUGAAAAUGUGAUAAUAAAUUAAUUAGUUAAUAAAGGAGAAAUAUAAAUUAUAGAUGAAUAUUAGAAAUUAAAAAAAGUAUUAAUAUAUAUAAGGAAUACAAUAUAUGGGAUAAGUAUUGAAUAUAAAGAUGAUAAAAAUAAUAUUGAAUAUUUUCAGAUCAUUCUCAUAAUUUAAGCAAUUUCUUUUGAUAAGAUUUAUAAGGAGGGUGUAACAACACUAAUAAUGGCAGCUAUCAUGGCAAUUAUAAUAAUGAUUAUCAACAUUUACCAGGGGAAUACAAAAAUUAAUGGUAAUUAAGUAAAUAGUGUCUAUUAUAAAGCCAUAGAUUAUCCAAUAACAAAUCCAACCAUUAAACCAAUAAAACUAGAACUAAAAACUAAUGUAAAAGCUUCCAUGAUAUAAACAAUAGUAAUAGAUAUUUUAGUAUUACCAAUAGCCCUAAGUACAGAUAUUUCUUUAACUUAUUCUAACAUGUUAGCAGACAUUGAUGUCAUUAAACUAAAGAAUGAUAAAACCAUAACAACUCCAGUUAAGAAACUAAAUAUAAUUUAAAUGAGUUAUUGACUUUAUUAAAUGGAUGUUUCAUAAUCUCUAUAAUCCCAAAUUUUAGCAGAGACUCCAUUUGCAUCUAUAUACUUUUUGAAUUGACCAUAAACAUUAUCAAGAUUACCUGAAUUAGAGAUAGUAAUUAGUAAUCUUCUCAUAGGAUAGUUUUCAAUUGCAUCUAUUUAAUUUCCACAAAGUCUUCUAUAUGUUGGUAGAGAUACAACAACAUUUUAUUCUUAAACACUAGGUAAACUACUAAAUUUAAGUGCAGGUGCCGAUGUAAUUAUUGAAGAUGCUCUCAUUUAAUGAUAUUAGC